GCGGGCGGCCGCGCGCGCCGGGGGAGUGGCUGACCGGAGUGGUCAGGUCCCGGGUCUCUGUCUGCCGAGGGACGUGGGCGCCGAGAGUCAGUGUGGCAGUGGUGGUCGUAGCGGCUGGCGGGGGAACCUGCGAACGCUGUCCUGGAGGCACCCUCGGUCCUGUCCUUGCUUCUGGCGCCGAGCCCCGGCCCAGAGUCGCGCUGCUUCUGGAUGCGGGACCCAGACUCUCCGUUAAAGGCUCUUUGGAGACACUUGGGCUGUUCCUGCCGUCGUAGGACGUCGCGCCCGCUUCCCUCCUAGUCCCACUCAGGCCCGUCUCGUUCUCCAGUUUGUAGGUGCUCUGAGAUUCUCGUCCCCGCAAGCAGGCGCCUCUGUACGGUCCCUAUCUGCAGUUCCCUGGACCUUGGCUUCGCGCAUUUUCAGGUGACUCCACCCUGCCUCUCAUGGCUGCCCUGGUCCCACCGCCGCCACCACCAGAUCCGCAGUUUGUCCUACGAGGCACGCGGUCAGCUGUGAAUGCACUGUGCUUCUGUGAAGGGUCCCAAGCUCUGGAGAGACCGCUGCUCUUCUCAGGAUCUCAGAGUGGCCUGGUACACAUCUGGAGCCUGCAGACUCAGAGAGCAAUUGCUGUCCUGGAUGGCCAUGGGAGUCAGAGCGUGAUCUGGGUCCAGACACUGCCCCAGGGGCAACAGCUCCUCAGCCAGGGCCGGGACCUGCAGCUUUGCUUGUGGGACCUGGCAGAGGGCAGGAAUGCCAUUGUGGACUCCAUCCGCCUGGAGAGCGUAGGCUUCUGCAGGAGCUCUAUCCUGGCUGGGGGGCAGCAGCGCUGGACUCUUGCUGUGCCAGGGAAGGGCAGUGAUGAGGUUCAGAUUCUAGAGAUGCCAUCCAAGACGUCAGUGUGCACCCUGAAGCCAGAGGCAGAUGCCAAGCCGGGCAUGCCCAUGUGCCUGGGGCUUUGGCAGCUGUCCCCACAGGCCAACUCCAGUCCCCGCCCCCUCCUUCUGGUUGGCUAUGAGGACGGAUCAGUAGUCCUGUGGGACAUCUCGGAGCGGAAGGUAUGCAGCCACAUCGCCUGCCAUGAGGAACCUGUCAUGGGCCUUGACUUCGAUUCUCAGAAAGCCAGGGGCGUCUCUGGCUCUGCAGGGAAGGAACUGGUUGUCUGGAGCGUGGAUGGGCCACAGUCCCUGCAGGUGCACCAAUCAGGGCUUGCCUGUGUCUAUAAAACUUCUGCACUCAGCUCCUCUGUAUAUACAGCCACUGAACUUUGAAGAGAGAAGAUUCUUAGAAGGAAGACCUGUUGUGGCCCCUAAGUGUUGCAUAGGCUACCAGAUGCUAGGACCACAGGGGCUGCUGGGGCUGCUGGACUCAAGGCCCCUGGUCCUGCUUGUGAUGGGGUUCCUGUGUCUGCUCCAAGAGCCUCAAGAUCUGGUUGAGCUCUGUGUACUGGACUCCAGAGCCAGCAGAGGUGCUUGUGCUUGAGAUGUUGAACUUGUUCCUGCCUUCGCAGGGCCGCAGUCACUGCUAGCCCAGACCUGCUUCCACUCAGCACCUGUGCUCUCAAUGUCUGGACUCACUCCUGCCUCAGAGAAGACCCAAUAUGACCUGCUGCUCUCACAGCCUCUGGCUCCUGAUCCUAUGGGGCCUGCUAUUGCUCUGGUGGGCCAGGUUUCUGCUUCAUUGCCUCUUACUUAGUAUCUCAAAGGCAGCCAAGGAUUCAGAGCUGUGACACUUUCAUUCCUCUUGGAAACCUGCUGCCACCAAGAGUUAGAGCCGUAACACUUGUGCCCUCUUGGUUAGCAAACCAGCAGCCUCCAGGAAUCCAGGUGUCUUUUUCCAAGUUGUUAUAUACCCAUGUAAAUAAAUUCUUUUUCAUUCA